AGGUGGAUAUGGAGAACCUGUCCCAUUUUUUCUCGAGUUGAUCAUGUUUUAAACUUUAUUGAUGUCUGGAGAUCGAGCAGUUUGUUUUUACAGGCAUCCAUCUGUCCGUAAGGAUGCGUUCGGUGUCGAUAUUCAUCCUGCUACUUGGAUUGGUGGGUCUUAUUCAAGGCGAUCCAUUCCUCAUAUUUGCGAAUCGUAAAGAUGUCCAGUUGGUACAGGUACAAAAUGGUAACGGAAACACAACCAUCCUUGUUGAUGGAUUAGAGGAUGCGGCUGCUUUGGACUUCUACUAUGCAGAGAACUCAGUCUUCUGGACGGAUGUGAGCCUUGAACUGAUCAAACGAACAUGGAUCGACGGGGCUCGCACAAGUGUCAGUGUCAUUUCGUCUGGACUUGUAUCUCCUGACGGAUUGGCAUGCGAUUGGCUAAGCCGCAAACUUUACUGGGCAGACUCUGAAACAAAACGAAUUGAAGUUAGUAAUUUGGAUGGAGGGCAUAGAAAGGUUCUACAUUGGCAAGAUUUGGACCAGCCCAGGGCAAUCGCAUUGGAUCCACUACAUGGAUACAUGUACUGGACCGACUGGGGUGAAACACCCAAAAUAGAGAGAGCGGGUAUGGAUGGCAACCAAUCAAGCAGAUCUGUGAUAAUUCAUGAAGAAAUUUUCUGGCCCAAUGGGUUAACACUAGAUUAUGAUGAGUCAAAAAUAUACUGGGCGGAUGCCAAGCUCAGUUUUAUACAUAGUAGUGAUUUUGAUGGUCAAAAUAGACGUGUAGUGAUAAAGGAUGAGCUACCUCAUCCAUUUGCAUUAACUUUAUUGGGUCCGACCCUUUACUGGACCGAUUGGGAGACACGGUCAAUACAUUCUUGUGACAAAUUAACAGGUGACAAUCGCAAGGAAAUAUUACAUGAGGUUUAUUCUCCGAUGGAUAUACAUGUUUACAGUGCUAGAAGACAGCCUAAAGGUAUUCAUGACCUUCAGUGUUCAGUUGACAAUGGCGGUUGUUCUCACCUUUGUCUCAUCUCACCUCAUCCUCCAUACUAUACCUGUGCCUGUCCCACUGGCGUCCAGCUCAAGGAAGACAACAAAACCUGUGCUAAUGGUGCCCAGCAGGUCAUACUACUUGCGAGGCGGACAGACCUCCGCAAGAUAUCCUUGGAUACUCCUGAUUAUACAGAUGUGGUUCUUCCACUUGGAAACAUCAGACAUGCCAUUGCAAUUGACUACGAUCCGGUAGAUGGUCAUGUGUACUGGACUGACGAUGAAGUCAAGGAAAUACAAAGGUCCUCCCUGGAUGGAAGUGAUCAAGAGACAAUUGUCAGUACAGAAGUGAACCAUCCGGAUGGUGUGGCCAUUGAUUGGAUAGCAAGGAACCUUUACUGGACAGACACUGGUACAGAUCGGAUAGAAGUGACUCGACUCAACGGCACGUCCCGUCGUGUUCUCAUCUCAGAGGACUUGGAUGAACCACGAGCAAUAUGUUUGGAUCCAAUCACUGGACACAUGUACUGGACGGACUGGGGAACUGUUCCGAAAAUAGAACGUGCAAAUUUGGACGGGAGUAGUCGAAUUAUGUUGAUCAACACUUCCCUGGGCUGGCCCAAUGGGAUAUCAAUUGACUAUGCCGAGCAGAAGAUGUAUUGGGGGGAUGCUAAGGAGGACAAGAUUGAACUGGCCAACCUAGAUGGCACUGGUCGACGUGUUCUUGUAUCAGAACAACUACCUCAUAUCUUUGGCUUCAGUCUCCUAGGUGAUUACAUAUAUUGGACAGACUGGCAGCGUAGAUCUAUUGAGCGUGUAAACAAGAAAACAGGACGGGAAAGAGAAGUGAUAGUGGACCAGCUACCUGAUAUCAUGGGAUUAAAGGCCAUCAAUGUUCAAAAAAUAGAAGGUACUAAUCCUUGUGCUGAAAACAACGGAGGAUGCAGUCACCUGUGUCUAAUGACUGCCGACCAAGGUCCAGUAUGUGCUUGUCCAAUGGGACUAGAAUUGGUUAGCAAUGGUAAGACAUGCAUUGUACCUGAGGCAUUCCUUCUGUUCACGCGCCGGCGCGACAUAAAACGGAUGUCCCUGGAAACGAGUCACAGGAUCAUGCCUGUCCCCAUCCGUGGUGUCAAGGACGCACUGGCCAUUGAUUUUGAUUUCAAUGACAGCAGGAUAUACUGGACUGAUGCAAAACUCAAGACCAUAAGUCGAGCCUUCCUUAAUGGCAGUGCUCUAGAGACUGUUGUUGAAUACGGGCUGAUGUAUCCUGAAGGAAUGUCUGUAGACUGGGUUGCCCAUAACAUUUAUUGGGUGGACUCAGGCACACGCCGGAUAGAGGUGGCUCGUACUGAUGGGACAGCACGCAGAGUGCUUAUUUGGAGGGAGAUUCACCAACCACAUGCUCUGGCAGUUGAUCCUGCCAACGGUCUGAUAUACUGGACCGACUGGGUAGAGCCACACCGACUAGAGAGGGCAGCACUAGAUGGUUCACAGCGGAUGACAUUAAACAGUAACUUUGGUAAGGUCAAUGGCCUUACCAUUGACUACGGAGAAAAGCGACUCUUCUGGGCAGACCUGGAUUCUAUGUCCAUCGAAUCAGCAGACAUGGACGGUACAAACCAAGUGACGAUUGUGAAGGACCAUGUCCCUCAGCCUAUGGGGCUAACUCUAUACCUUGACUUUGUGUUUUGGGCUGACUACCAGGAGAAGACUAUCGAGAGGGCCAAUAAGUCCUCUGGAACUAAUCGUACUACAAUACACUACAACAUGGAAAAUGUUGUUGAUCUGCUUGUGUUCCAUGCAUCUCGACAAUCAGGCACCAACAGUUGUAAGAAUAAUGGAGGAUGCUCGCAUUUAUGUUUGGUAAGGCCUGGAACAGAGGCAGGGGUGAUAACUCAUCAGUGUGCCUGUCCUACUCACUUUGCUCUCAACACUGACCAAAAGACAUGUGUUGCACCCGAAUCAUUCCUACUGUUUAGCCAAAAGAAUGUGAUAAGUCGUCUGGUCAUUAGUGACAACGAUCUUGACCCUGACUCACCUGAUGUGGUCCUACCCAUCCCUGGUUUGAAAAAUGUCCGUGGCCUGGCGUACGACCCUACUGACCGUUACAUUUACUGGAUUGAGGGUCGACAGUGGUCAAUUAAAAAGGCUAAAGACAAUGGCACACAGGCUAUUGUAGUUGUAUCCAAUCAGCAGGGCAUCUAUCGUCCGUUUGACAUUGCUAUAGACCCUUACUCACAGACCAUAUUUUGGACGUGUUCCACAACGAACAACAUCAAUGUCACUCGCUUCGAUGGUUCUUCAAUAGGGGUGGUCAUUGCCAGUGAUGAAAAACAUACCAUCAAGCCACGCUUUAUUGUCCUCAAUCCACAAAAAGGGUACAUGUACUGGACAAAUCUGGUUGGACAGCCUUCAAUAGAGAGAUCAGCUUUAGAUGGCACUGAACGUGUAUCAUUGUUUCAAACCAGCCUUGGAAAGCCAGGCCCACUUGCCAUCGAUGUUGAAGGAGGACGCCUGUACUGGGCUGACUCAAGUCUAAACAGGAUUGAAAGCUCAGACUUGGAUGGAGGUGACAGAAAUGUGUUAGUUGAUGAAAAGAUUCAAAAUCUGAAAGGCAUGGCUGUUUUUGGAAAUUUCUUGUAUUGGAUUGAUAAAGAGCAACGUGCCAUCAUCCGGGCAAAUAAAUUAGAUGGGAAAAAUCGCACUUAUAUCCAAGGUCGUUUGGAAAGUCUCAGUGACCUUGCAGUGGCCCAGUACCUCCAACUUGUGGACAUCGAUCAGCAUCCUUGUGCCGUAAGCAACCACAAGUGUUCACACAUCUGUGUUGCCCAAGGAGAUAACACAGCACGAUGUUCAUGUCCCAUCGACUUAGUACUGAAGGCAGAUGGGCAUACGUGUGCUGAUCCUCCAACAUGUUCGCCCGAGCAGUUCACUUGUAAAAGUGGAGACAUCAAUUGUAUACCUCGUGUGUGGCGUUGUGAUGGUCAGGGCGAAUGCGGAGACGACUCGGACGAGGAGGAUUGUCCUGUUUGUGACCCGUCGCAGAUCAAAUGUGGUGAUGGAAAGUGUAUUGACAGCAACAUGGUGUGCGAUGGUGUGGAUCAGUGUGAGGAUGGCUCGGAUGAGGAAAACUGUUGUGAUCCGGAAGAUCCCCAUUGUGAGGAUAUGGAAAUGGAGGAUGAUCCGGAAUGUCUGCACAACUCCCAAAUGGAGCCGUGUGAACGUACGGCCACUAACAAACCAGCUACUCCACCUGAUGCUCACAUUACAGUGAUCAUCAUUGUGGGGAUUUUCUCUCUUGUGCUUAUUGUUGGAGUUGUGUUCGCAUGCCGAAGAAAAUCACAAGGAAUGAAUAAUUAUUAUGAUAGAGACAUGAUCAUGCUCACCAAACCUCUUAAUGCACAAAUAGACCAGACUCCCCCCAAUACACUGCCUAAGAGGAGUAACAAGAAUGGUGCUUUGCCGUCGUCUGUGUCUGGGAGUACAGCACAGUACGACAGAAAUCAUGUGACUGGAGCUUCCUCCAGUAGUUCUACUGUGACUCACUAUCCUAAAGAGACACUGAAUCCCCCACCUAGUCCAGUGACGGACCGCUCCGUGUGUUUCGGGGAGUUUAAUGGUUACUCCUCUAAUAGUCCGUCAACAGUGCGGUCUUAUAAACCUUAUAAACUACCGCGGCACAUUCCCCCGCCGCCCACAACCCCUUGUAGUACUGACGUUUGUGAGGAAAGUGAACCUUACCCCCCUAAAAGAUACUACAAGUUUAGUCGGUCAAGAGAACUUUACAACGACUAUGACCCCUAUCCCCCACCUCCCACACCUCGUAGCCAUUAUUUCUCGGACGAUAUGAUGAGUUGUCCCCCCUCACCCUCGACAGAGAGAAGUUAUUUCAAUCCGUAUCCCCCACCACCCUCACCGGUGGGGAACUCGGACUGCUAGCCAAAUGAGUGAGAGUGGGAUUAGUGUAAAUGCAUGAACAAAUGAGAGAAAAAAAUGACAAGUGUGGAAGACUCACAAGUGCUAAUAUUUAUGUAUGUGUGAAUUUAAGGAUGAACAAAUGUGCUGAUUUCUUUUUCAAAUUUAUAUAUAUAUAAUAUAUAUAUAUAAAUAUAUGUAUAUGAGAUAAAAAAAUUGUACUUUGCAAUAUAUGGUAUCGCAGCAUUAAUCAACAGUAUGGGUUAUGUGAAUGAAUGGACAGUAUUGUCAAACAGUCAGUCACAGUUAUUGCCUCACAUCUUCUUUUACCUACUGUGGUUGUUGAAUCGUACUAUAAAUGGCAGAACCCUUUGUUUAUUUGUUUCUUUGUGUGUAAUCAUGUGAGCUGUUUCUCCCUUCAAACCUCAUCUACAAUCAUUGUAAAGGCUAAAUCUGUGACUGAUCGUUUGUACAAUGUUAAAUUGACAAAUUUGAUGUUGAAUCUGCCAUCAUUUGUAAAUCUCUAAAAUUGUUAUUUCUCACUUUAUAUGUCGUCAUCCAAAUUUACACCUUCACAUCAGGGAAAAGGGUAUCAUGAUUUAUCAGUAACAGGAGACAGUCAAGUCAUUCUGAUGGUACGUUGAACAUCAAAAUUGUACGAGAGUGUGAAAGUAUCCAAUUUUUUAUUGGAUAAUCAUUGUAUUGGUUGCUAGGUAGUGAAGCGUCCCUGCGGUCACCGGACAAGUGCUCAAUAGGACUUUUUAUAGAAUGUAUAAACUGGCUGGGACUGCUUUUCUGCUUACCACCAUUUUGUUUGUUUUUGCAAAUUUUCUUUUCAUAUAGCAUUAUGCCAAAGUGAUUUUUUUUUAAACAUUGAAUUUUGUGUUCAUUUGAAUGACUUAUGUAUUGAGAAUUAUUAUCUAGGUUUGUAACAAACUUGUCGUUCAUAACUUGUGCUAUUUCCACUCAAAGUUCCAGGUCGACAAGUCACGGUCAGCAUUGUUUGAAAUGUGUAUUUGGAAUGUAUACAUCUGUAUCACACCGUUCUUUUGUACAACAUGGUAGUGAUUUAUUGUUUGUGUUAAACCUGGGACAGCAAUGACAGAGAAAAAAAAGGGGAAAAAAUAGAGAAAAGGGACAGAAGUGUUCCAAAUCACCAUUUACAUGUAUAAGUCUUCAGUGAAAUUUCUUGGAAUUGUCAUAUGCGAGUUCAAUAAAAGAUGCAUUUUUUAAUGGAUGUACAGUAGAUGCAACUAUUUUUCGAACUGUUUAAUCCCAAGUGAUUCAGAUGUUGCAAUUUCCAACUUAUACAAUGAACCUUCUCAUUGUCUAGUAGGUAGCGGAGAAAGUCGAAACAACAGCUAAUGAAACACAUUUCUUUAAUACAUAACUGGCAAAAUGUCUCUCUUCGUAACGGUGGGUUGUUAUUACUUUGAUAUAUUUAACUGAUAUAUUCAAAUUAAGAGAAAAUGAGAAUUCUGAUGGAAAUAGCCCAAGCUAGGCGGAUGAGUUUUAAUUAGUUAUUUUUGAGUGACCUUGCUACACAAGGUUGUGUUCAGAAUGCUUGCUAUGUCAGACUUCUACCUCUGUUUAAUAGUGUUAGGCAUUAUAUAUAUACAGAAAGCAAGCAGCUUUUGAACAUGACUUUUAAUGGUGAAUAAUUAUAUACUUAAUGGCAUUUGGUGUACCCUUCCAUCCCCUCAAACCAUAUUAGACUGAUCCAAGAAAUUUUCAUUUUGUGUCAAUUUUUUUUCCACAGAAAAAAUAAGGUUUAAACUAUUCCAUGUAGCUGGUUAAACUGAAGAUAUGAUUAAUACAUAAUCAAGUUAAAUAUUUAGUGUAAUUAGUCUUCCAUGUCAAACUGCACAUUUUGUAUAAAUUGGAAAUUGAGCAGAAAGUGAAAGUGUGAACUACCAGUUUUUCUGCGUCUCCAUUGUUCCAGGAUUUAAAGUAAGUAAAUUCAUGUGAUCUAUUGCCAAAGAUAUGUAUAAUAUGAACUUCUACAAAGUUUCUAGUGUUGUGACUAUAAUACCAAAACUAAUUUACCAGUUAUAUAAUUGAAUGGUGAUUUAUUGUAUAAAUACACUAGUGCUGUGAUUAAAUGAUAGUAGGAACAAGUGCUACUACUAGUUCACUAAACUUAAAUAUACAUGUAUUAUACACGGGACCUGGUGUUCAGAUAAAAAUAUUACAAAGUAGUAAGUAUAGUUGUAAAUUUUGAUAACUGUCAGAUUGCUUUGAAAUCAUUUGUUUUUAUUAUUAUUUGAACAAUUCCAUUCCAAAUUGGAUUAAGUUCUUUUAAACAUUUUAAUACUACUGUUCUUGUCCAGGACAAAUUGUCUUAUGAAUUGCUAAGGUUGUAGAAGUUGUCGAAAUUUUGGAAAUUCUUUAAUUCUUCACAUUUGAAUGAAUAUGGAAACACUUUCAUGAAUGGAUUUCAUAUUUGUAGUUUUACUUAAAUUCAUUGAAAGACAAGCUUAUUUGAUAUUAUACUUUAAUGGUUGUCUUUAUAUGUACAUGUAUCUAAAAGAAAGUUGUGUUUUUUCCCAUACUUUCAGAAUUCAUCUGAAAGUGUAAAAUCUUCAUCAUCUGUUAUUAUUUACCUGAAAGUCUUUCUUACUUGUUCUUUAUUAUUCAGAUGUCAUAUUUGGAUCAGCCUAAUAUAGUUUGAGGAGGUAAAAAGCUGUAGAAAUAAGAAGGGUCACUAUUGUUUUAAAAGUAUGAAAUCCUAAUGCGAAUGUUGUGUAUGGUCACCAGAUGAGAGUAGACCUCACCUGUUCAUGACUCGUUAAAGGUGUAUGUACAGUGGCCAGGUAGAAUCUGUGUAUUUUUUCGUAAUCCUGUAGAGAUAUGAGUUGUCGUAUAUAUAUAUAUUUAUGUUAAUGUACAGAAAAUGAUUUUUGUAGUAACCACGGAGAUAGAAUGUGGGUGAUAAUGUUGUCAGUAGGUUCAAGAAAUAUUUUUCAUGAAUAUUCAGCAUUAGAGAUUCUCUUGGACAGGACAUUUUCCUUGUAUCCAUCAAACAAACAAAAAAUGUAUCUUUUAACUUGAGUUUUUACAGGAAGUAUAAAGACAGAGAUUUCCACAAUAAUUUUCACAUUAUUUUUUUAUUACUUUUUACAAAUUGACAAAAAAAUUGUUUUGAAUAUUUCUUGUUAAAGCUGAUAUUCCUUUUAAUAGUUCCUUGGCCUACAAGCAAAAAAUAUGUUUGUACGUAGAUAUGAGAGUACCUGUGUAUAUAUUGUACGUCCUACAUACUUACAGUGUAUGUAGAAAUAAAACUACUUUAGCUGCUGCUGAAAUGUGUAAAUAUAUGUACAUUAUCUACAGCAUCGGUUAGGUCACACACAAAAGACGGGGGUAUAUUUCACUAUGUCCUCGGGCAUGCUACACUGCCCUGUGCUGCUACUGCUUUUUACGAUUAGGACAAUUGGUGGAUUUCUGUUGCGUGUGGGUUUUUUUUUAAACCCUCAUCCCUCUUUGUUUUAUUUAACCUGUAAGUAGCUGCCAGACAGAAAUACACGUAAUAGGUGCUGUUUUUGUUAUAGAUUCAGGUCUAGUAUGAUCUGUUCCCACUAUGUCAGCAAAACAAAUUCUUUAAACCCUCAUUUUUGUGAUGUUGUGUUUCCUACUUUAUACUUGUCCCUUACUGAAACAAUUGAAGAUCAAACAAACAUGACAAAUUUGUGAUAUAAAUUGUGAAUGUAAACAAUAUUCAUGUCCAAAAUCCAUUGGUUGUUUGUGAUAUAUGUGGUAAGCAUAUAUUUUUCACCAUGAUCAAAUUUCAGCACAAUAUCAAACAUAUUGAUAAUUUACACACCAGCAGCAUAUAUAAUACAAAACAAACUACACCAAAACUGUAAUUAGCAUGACAGUUAUGCACAACACUUCAACAAACGUAUUCUGCUGAAAUUGGUAUCUUGAUAGUUUAUUGGCAGAAUUGAACAAAACAGUGCUUAAGUGUACCAGUACACCAGGAUACACCUAUGUUGAUUGGAAUUUCUUGUUUAAGAGAAACAUCUCAUCUUUGAUGCUAUCUCUGUGUAUCUUUACUGAGGAGAAAAUUCAAGAUUAUUAUUUCAUGGCAGUUGCUCAUGAUGUGAUUUUUUCAUUUGUUUUACAACGAGAAGUAUAAUAUUUUGUCUUUAUACACAUUUUAUUUUCUACAGAAGUUUUAGAAACUUCUUUUAUUAAAAAAAAAAGCAGUGCUCUUUUUAGACGUAGUUGUUUUUAGAGUUCAAUCUUUCAUGCAUGGAAAAGAUUUUAAUUCAUCAGAGAAAAUCUAACUUGUUAAGAUUUAAUUAUUUUAGUUUAUUGCAUGCUAAUUUUUAAACAGAUGAUUUGAAAAGAUGGGUGUGUAUGAUAUACAACACCAUAUUGUGAUAAUAAAAACAAGUGCUGGUUUUUUUUAGUUCUUGUUUAUAGUUUUAAGUUGAAUUAUGACAGAAUUGACUUAGAUAAAUAUCUUUUUAAUUGGAAUUCAUAUUGCUGAAUGUACUAUGUACAUGGAUUUUUGAGAGAGAGAAAAACCCACUAUUUUUUAAUAGAAUUUUGUCUGAAAUCCCAAAAUCUUGCAGAAGUUCACCUACAAGUCCAUGUGACCAAUAUUUCAAGGCAUGAAAUAUCAAUAUUUCAGCAAAAACAUGUUCUGCAUAAAGGUUUUUUGAAGUAAAAAUUAAAGUGUUUUUAACAUUGUUUGGGUUAAUAGCAUUUAAGUGAGACCUUAACACAGUGUCAUUCCAAAGUCUUCAUCUCUGUGCUUGUUCUGCUCUUUAAUUCAUGUAAGUAGCAUGACUGUUCACUUGUAGCCUGCAUCUGUUGCCAAGGUGGCAACACUGCUAUGGGGCGCGGCCAAAAACAGUGCUAAAUUUAACGGGUAUAUCAAUGUAAAUAUAAUUUUCUGUUGAAAUCAUUCAUUUGUUGGUUUGCUCACCAGGAAAACAGACAGGUUGCUUAUAACAUAUUUAUACCUAUAUAUUUAUUCAGUAUAUUUCAUUUUAAUGUGAUUUAUGUGGUAUUUUGAAUAAGAAAUUCCAUUAUAGAAUGAGUGUUUCUAUGAAUGUACCGUUUUGUAGAAAUAAUCAAUACAUGGAUCACAUCGAAAUGGAAAGGCAGACUUUCAUAUAAAAAGGAUAUCGGCCUUUAUUGUCACAAUAUCACAAAUAAAUUAUUCAGUUAUUGUUUUUGUGUACUAUGUACAUAUCAAAAGAUCAAAAAUCAAAAGAAGUUUUUUUUUAUUUGCAACUUUGUUCAUGUUUCUAUGGUGAUUACCCUCAAUACAAGGCCAGUACAGAUACAUGUAUCAUGUAGCCCCUCCCUGCUGUUGUAUUAGUUCACUUCACUCCUUCCAAUAAGUGGAGGUUGUGUUUGUUUUCCUCACUCCCUCCAGUAAGUGCAGGAUGUGUUAGUUCGCCUCCCUCCCUCCAGUAAGAGACUUUGUAGCUAUUGGUAGCAUGCAAUGCUUAUUUUUCUGUGCCUUAUUUGUGCUAUAUAAACCCCUUCAUUGUCCAAUAUGAAAGUACAGGUAUUCUUACGGCUAUUAUAGGAUAAGAGCCAUUAUGUAUAAUGAUAAAUUGAAAUAAUAAAAUAAAAAAUACUAAAAUAA